CAAAUAUGUCUGGUGUCAGCAAGAUCCAAGCUCGUGAAAUAUUUGACAGUCGUGGAAAUCCUACAGUGGAAGUUGAUAUCACAACUUCUAAGGGUGAGUAAGACAUUGCUCAAACCCAUGGAGGGGAGGAGGGGUAAUCUCUUUUUUAGCCAUAAUGAGUGUGUUGCUAAACAGGGUAUUGGUUUGGGAGAAUCAUAAGUCUUAAAUGGGGUUUGCAAUUCAAAGGUGGACAGACGGCAAAUUGUUGUUGCUUGAAAUAUCUGUAAGAGGUUUUCUUUCUGACCAGAUGUUUUGAGCGGGUUGUGAAGGUUUUUUCAGCAGUGCAUGGUCUACAUGCAUGGUAACAGUCCAAUGUUAGGCACCCGCCCUCUCUUCAGGGAGGUAGCUGGCUAGUAACAAAAUUGCCUUUAUUGUCUGAACCAAAGGUGAUUUUGUCCCUACAGUUGCCAUUGAGUAGAUUUUUGACUGUAUUUUUUUUUAUUUUCAGGCCUAUAUCGUGCUGCAGUUCCUUCUGGUGCAUCCACUGGGAUUUAUGAAGCUUUGGAGCUCCGGGACAAGGAUCCAAAACGAUUUCUUGGCAAAGGUGAUAUUACAUACAGUUUUUAAUUAUUUAACUCAUCAACAAAGAUUAGCAGGUAGGGGGGUGGGGGGCUGCUUGAGAGGCUGUUUCGGCCAAGAACUACAGCUGAGUGCAGCAUAACCAUGACAUCCCUGUAAGGUGGUUCUGACUUUUGAGUCUGCAGUGGAAAUCCCAUAGUGUGAUCAUUUAAAUAAAAGUUACUGAAGAGUACUCUCCUUUGGUGUUGUUUAUUAUUUUGUACAAGGUGUUUCUAACUUUUAAGUCAUGAAUCAAAUCCUAUGGAAUGACCGUUCAAAUGAAAGCCACUGAGUAGUAAUUUCUUGUGGUUUGUUUAUUUUGCUGUAGAAGGUAAUUCUAACUUUUUGUCCUCCAUAUAAGUAAGCACUGUAAGUAAGUACUGCUUUUAAAACAAAAACUACCAAGAAGAAUUUAUUAUUUGUUGUGUCAGCUAUUUACAAUGCUGACAAGCAAAAGUACUAGUUGUUUGCAAAUUAUAAUAAAAUAUUUAUUGUUAAAUCAAUAAUGGAAUUUAUUAUUGUUGCAUUAAAGGUGUCUUGAAAGCAGUUGAGAAUGUCAAUAAAGUUAUUGGACCUGCCUUGAUUGAGAAGGUGCAUGUAAACCAUGUUCAUAUUGUACUGUUAUAAUCAAAUAAUUAUUAAUGUGUGGGGAAUAGAAUAAGUCUGUAUUACUAAAGAGUCACAUUGACUACUUGAACUCAUGUCGUCCGGCGUGCAUGGAAUGUAAUCCUAUCUGGAGAGUUUUUUCCUGAGGCCUUCUGCAGAGAGUUGUAUAUAAUGUAAUAAGACAUUGUCUAAUUAAUUUGAACCAAAAGUUUGAUUAAAGUUAGCAUUUGCCUGUAAUUUUGAUUGAAAAACGUGACAAUUUCCCCAUAAAGUUUAAGGCUUGGGAUGACACACAUUAUUGAUAGAUUUGUUUUGUUUCAGAAUAUUGAUGUAACUAAACAAGCUGAGGUUGACAAAAUCAUGUUGGAACUUGAUGGGACUGAGAAUAAAUGUUAGUUAAUGCCUUGAAUCUUCUCUACAAAGUACACCAUCUACCAUUAAUUUUGUAGUACUAGUAUAUUACGGCACUUUUCAAAAACACGCGAAUUCUUAAGUUCAAAAGCCAACUGACAUUUGUAUUUUGCAAUGCCAUCAAUCAUCCUAGCAGACCUCUUAGGAAACAGAAGUUUAGAAGGUCAUGGUUUGUGAUCUGUGAUUGGUGGAUCUCGAUCCACUUUGUGUGUUUCUACGUUUAAAGGUUCCUUGCUUGUGAUCGUAAUUAUGAUUGACAGCGGUGAAAAAUGCAAUAUUACUGUAAAGGUGGCUUUUGAACUUCAGAGUUUGCAUUUUUGAAAAGUGCAGUAGGAUCUACUAAGUAAGUAGUCUCCCUCACAGCCGUUUUUAGUGUUGUCACGCAAUGCUCCUCUGUGACGACACUAAAAGCGGCUGCAAGGGAGACUAGUAAGUUAGCUGCAAGAUAUGAAUAAUCUCUUGUCAUUACCUAAUAGCACAAAUUGCAAGUAUAAUGGCUACUGUGGAACAAACCUCUGUCAGUACUGUUAGAUUUUUUACAGUGGUACAUCUUGGAUGAUUAAUUGAAAAAUAAUAAUUGAGUUCAUGUAGGUGACAACUACUUGAAUGUGAAGUUUGGUUUAAAUCCCCAUGGUACACUGUACAUUUUGUGAUUUGUUCUACUGUAUGAUGAGUGGAAAAUAAAAACAUCUGAAAUGCCAUCUACAGCUCUCUUUAUAACAAGCUUGUUAUAAGUAGCCAUCAGUGGGCUCUUUUAUCUGGCUACUGCAGUAAAAUCAACCGGCUGUGAAAAGGAGUCAAACAUAACAAAAAACAGGAAGAUUUGUGUGAUAAAUGACUGGCAACUUUCCCUGAGAGACUAGAUACUUUAAACCUUAAUGACAGCCUUGUAUUAAUAAUAAUAAUAAUAAUAAUAAUAAUAAUGAUAAUGAUGACGAUGAUGAUGAUGACGAUAAUAAAUUAUGCAAAAUAAAAGACAUUGACUAUAACUGAUUUGAUAAGAAAUGUGUGUUUACUCUUAAACAUUAUUUUGUUCUCUGUGUUCUAGCUAAACUUGGUGCCAAUGCAAUCCUUGGUGUCUCUCUUGCUGUUUGCAAAGCAGGAGCUGCUCAUAAGGUGAAAACAACUUACAUGUAACUGAUCAUUUCUGCAUAUGCCAACAACUCUGAAAACCAGGGGCUCCAUUACGGUACUACUGAUGGCCGGCAGAUGUCGACCUUUUAUUGGGAAUUGCGAACAAAUAAUUAGCAUACUGUAAAAUUUGAGGGAAAGUGAAGAAAGUCAAUGAGAAUAAAAUUAUAAUGUGUGGUAUUUGAAUAAUGCAUUUUCACCCUUUUAAAUUUUUGUAUUAUUAUUAUUGUAAUUAUUAUAAAUUGCUGAUAAUUAGGUUUUAUUAAUUAGUUUCAAAGAAGGGAAUUGAUGAUGUAAUUUAUAAUCCUAUUUUUAAGGCAAACCCACCAAGCAUGAACAGUUCCUAUCUCCAUUUACAAAUACCUCUGUAAAGUGGAGACUUGUCUCUGUGUGCACAUCGGUGUCUGUACUAAGGAGGUUUACUAAUUAUUUUUUCAGGGAGUUCCGCUUUACAGACACAUUGCAGACCUGGCUGGCAACAAGGAAGUCAUUCUUCCGGUUCCAGCAUUUAAUGUCAUCAAUGGUGGAAGUCACGCAGGAAAUAAACUUGCCAUGCAGGAAUUUAUGCUGCUCCCAACUGGUAAGUGUUUCCAAAUGCUUUGAACUUGUUCAAAGUAGUGCUUAUUAUGAUUCCACAGUAUUGAUGGAAGCAUUCAGCAGCAACUUAAGAUAAAGUUGUGCAUGAGUUGACCAAGUAUGUUUUUUUAUCUUUAUUCAAAAGGUGCGAGUAGUUUCAGUGAGGCAAUGAGGAUGGGUGCAGAAAUCUAUCAGAACCUCAAGAGCGUAGUGAAGAAGAAAUAUGGAAUUGAUGGUAUUUUUUAUAAACUUAUCUUGCUGUUAUUCAGUUCCAUCACUUUUCCUAAGAAAAGGGACUCCAGUACAUGUGUAUGAGGAACAUUACGAUCAAAUGCGCUGGUUGCUAGCAUAAAAAGGAAUUUCUAAGUUUUCAAAGCAAGUUUACUUAUCCAUUAAAUUUUGUUACUACUCCUGUACAAAAGGAACAACCUGAAUUAACGUCAAUUUAUGAUUUAUAGGUGUUUGUGUUGACCAUGAUGUAACAGUUUAAGUCUUUGAUCUCAGUGUUCUUUUUUUUCACUUUUUUCAGCUACCAAUGUUGGUGACGAGGGAGGUUUUGCCCCUAACAUCCAGGACAACAGGGAAGGUUAGAGGCUAUAACAUACUUCAUAGUCUUAGAUAUCCCAAAUUAGAAACAAUCUUGUUAUUUGACAUUUUUAUGUCCACUUCACACAUGGAUUUCAAACAUGGAUCACUAUUAUUUCAAAGACUAAUCAUUCAUAUUUACCCUGCUGAAUUUCUUUUACUUUUACAACUUUGUGAGCUUGAGUUUUCCUUGAAUUUACAAAACAAUGCGGAAAACUACACUUACAACUGGAAAGUGAAUUAAAAGGAAAAGGCUAUGUCACAGCACAGGACAGUGGAACCUGGAUAUGAGAAAGUGGCAAGAGACUGGCAAAAUUUGUUCACUAUAUUAAACAAGGUUUUAUUAUAUCGAGGUUCGUUUUCAUAUGUUUUGUAUGUUCUAUUAUUGUUCGUUAUACCAAGGACUUAAACUUGAAAGGACUUCGUUAUAUGGAGGUUCAUCCACUGUACUACCACAUGGGAAAAAAAUGUUAUUAAUAAUUUUGUAUGGCACGUAAAUUAACUUUGCAGGACUGGAGUUAUUGAAGAUUGCUAUUGCAAAUGCAGGCUAUACCGAUAAGAUUAAAAUUGGCAUGGAUGUUGCUGCCUCUGGUAUGACUUUACCUUGUCUUGAUGAUUGACUUAUUAUGAAUAAUAAUUAUUAUUUUGACCUUAGCUAUUGCUAAAUAUGGCUAGAAUGCAAUUCUUCAAGAAUCAUGUUAGAUGUACUAAUGUCAAUCUUUGAAUAAAUUUCUUUAUUAUUUGUUUAUGUUGGUCAAUACUAUUAGCGAAAUCCCGCGAAAUUCCCAAAAAAACGCGAAAUACCGCGAAAUCCGCCAGAAAUAUUUCCAAAUACAUGUCGGCAAAACAUAUUUAAUACUUAUCUUGGCUAUUAGACCGGUUUUAUUCACCCCCAACGUCCAAAUUUAGCUUGAAACUUCGUCACUGCAACGAGUAAACAACGUCCCAAAACUACCAGGCGUUUUUAGAUGAACGUUGCGAAAAACUGGGCACUAACCAUAAUGUUAAUGGCUUUAACAUUCACUCAUUUCUGGAGCGAACUGUUGCUGAAAGAGCAAAUGAUUAUCCCUAUUUAAAAAAACGUUCACCAACGUUGGUCAUAUCGAUGCAAAAUUGAUCGAUUUUAGCGAAAUUUGCCAAAAAAAACCAGUGAAAUCGGCUGUUUUUUUCUGAUUGUUUCUUGGCGAAGUUUCCCCCCGAAAUUUCCCUGAAAUCGGCCGAUUUUCCUAAAAAUUUGCCUCUGAAAAUCCUUCGAAAAUUGACUUUUUCCGCUAAAAUCCCGCGAAAUGGGCGGAUUUUUCUGCGAAUUUUGACUUUACUCCCGCGAAAAUCGCCCGAAAUCGGCCGAUUGUUCCGCGAAUUUUGACUUUUUUCCCGCGAAAAUCCCGUGAAAUCGGCCGAUUUUUCCGCAAAUUUGCCCCUGAAAAUCCCGCAAAAUUUGGCUUUUUUUUCCGCGAAAUAUCAGAAGCCCUGUAUUAGCCUUUCUUGCUACCCUACAAUUUGCGUGAAAAUAAAGUUCAUGUCUGUAUGUAUAUGCUUUCUAUAUGUUUUUGUUGAGUAUAAUUGGGGAAAUGUUGUUUCAAUUUUGUUUAAUAGAAUUCUACAAAGAAGGAAAGUAUGAUCUGGACUUCAAGAAUCCAAACUCAGAUCCUUCAAAAUGGGUAAGAACUUCAUCAAAAUUUGUUUUGCUUGAAACAGGGUCAGAAUUAGCCAAAUCUGGCUUGUGCUGCAAGUUAAAUACAUCAUUGACUCCAAAGAAUUUCUUCAGAAGUAAGUUUGACUUCACCCUAGAAUCCAGACAUUAAUCCUGGAAAUGUGUGUGCAAUUAUAUCUUGGAAAAACACAAGCUGGCUGUUUAAUGUAGUUAAGAUCUAUUUAAAAUCUUCUGACCUGUAUUUUCUCAGUGUUAAAACAUGUCACUAAGGAAAGGUAUGCUGAUGCUUUGGUAUUUUCAGAUUUCUGGUGAUCAGUUGGCUGCAAUGUAUGAAGGAUUCAUCGCUGAUUAUCCAGGCAAGACUUGUGUUCUUUUAACGUAAAAAAAAUUAUUUUUGUUCAUUCUCGAGCUCAGCACGGAGAAGGUGGCUGAUGGCAAAAGCACUUUAGGAACAGCAGUGGUUUUCUUGUGUCACUGCAGAAUUUACAAGUAACUUCUGGUUUGAACUUCUUGGAUACCCAAACGUGUUCACAUAAACAGAAAUACAAAAAAUAAUAAUAAUAUGAAUACUGGUAUAUGUGUUUGGUUUUACCAGGAAGUAUUUACUGGUACCUAAGUUAAUUUACACUCCACUAAUCAAUAUAUAGUGAAUUGCUAUUUUCAUUUAAAAAGAAAUACUCUAAAAUAUCCCACGAAUUUUUGCUUGGAUUGUUACUGAAUUGCAUUCAACUCUGUCCAAAAGACACCAUUUUUAAGAUGGACAGUGAUGAUGGUGGAGGCUGGUCCCUGAGGGUGUCUUUUUUGGAGAGAGAUGACUGUAGCAAGUAAAUUAAAUAUCCCACUUUCCUUUCCUUUCAGUGGUGUCUAUUGAAGAUGCCUUUGACCAAGAUGACUGGGCCAACUGGACAGCCUUGACACAGAAGGUGUCCAUCCAGAUUGUUGGGUAAGGGCUUUCUGCCUUGCAACAGCCUCCCCUCCUCCCCCUCCCCCACCCUCUCCUCUACCCUACCCCCUUGAGUUUGCAAGAAGGAUGAUUUGUGAAAACCCUUUAAGGAACCAUCCCUUUUGACUGGCUUUCUCUGUAAACCAAAUUACAUGCACAAGGGUUGGGAGGGAGGGGAGAGAAAGAGAUACAUGGGAGGAUGGAAUGCAAAAUUUGCCAGAGCAUGAGAUUGUUGUGGUCAAAUUAACAUUGCUUUAAAGUCCUGAGUCAGGCAUUAAUUAGGAUUUUUUAAGUUUUGUUUAAGGCACCCUUUAAUUACAGGGUAGAGGUAACUGUUACAUUAUGCAUCUUUUGUGUAGGGAAUAUUUGAUUAAAAAUAGGUAGUAAUUAACAGUGUCUGUGAGCAUGCUUAAUUGGCCCUUCUUCAACCAAAAUACUUGUCUUGGACAUGAAACUUAGUUUUGUCUUUCUUUCCUUAUUCUUUCCAGAGAUGACCUCACAGUUACAAACCCAAAACGGUGAGUUUAAGUUAAGUAACUAUAAAAUGAAAAUCCAUUCGUAUGGUACAAUAAUGGUACAAGGGAAGUUGAUGCAUUUUGAGGCAAGCUUCAUGGUGUUCUUUACAACAAUAAAUUGUGCCGUGUUUGAGUUAUUAUCUGUUGCAAUAAUAUAUCAAAGAAUAUCCUUUUUCUUCGUAGCAUCAAAAUGGCCGUUGAGAAAAAAGCCUGCAACUGUCUUUUGCUGAAAGUGAAUCAGAUUGGCUCAGUCACAGAAUCCAUUGAAGCGUAAGUGUGAGAUAUAAGUAAUUAUUAAUUCUCAACAGUCUGUCGGUAUCAUUGUUUCAUACUUAUUACAUUUAAGGUGCAAGAGUAUUGCACAAUAAUAUGUAGUGACAUAAGCAGCAGAUACAAGAGCAGAGCAGUUAUAAUAUGUAGCAAAAUUAAGGAACACAGUGAAGAUGUGGAGGUGAAUGACGUGUUGUAAAAGAAAGUUUGGAUGUGUUGAUAAAAUUUCGUGCGUUUAUGUAUUCUGCUCACACGAAACGGCGUACGAUGUUGAGACGCUUAGCCGAAUAUUAAACGGUCCCGUAUCGAAAUUCAGGACACCUUUGUCAAAAAAAACAUCUUUCCCCAAAACAACCUUGUAUCUUUUCAGCUGUUAAUGUUUGUUUAUUUGUUUGUUGGUGUUAUCAGAUGUAAACUGGCACAGAGCAAUGGCUGGGGUGUGAUGGUUAGUCACCGUAGUGGAGAAACAGAAGAUACCACCAUUGCUGAUUUGGUGGUAGGACUGUGUGCUGGUCAGGUACGAUAAGAUUUUGAAAAUUUUUCUUCAACAGAACCAAUGCUUAAGAAAUAUUAGUUUUGUGCUACCUGUAAAUCCUUCAAAUGCGCUUGUCUUUAACGUUUAUCAUUGUUUUUUUAUUUAUUUAUUCCACGUUCCCAAGGAGUUAUACCCUGCGUCCAAGGCUUCAUUUUCGCAGUGUGAUUUGUAUGAAAAUACCCACCCGUGUUUAUAAUGCCUUUUUCGGUUCAUUGUUUGUGCUCAAUGGAGUCGCUUCCUAUUUGAUUGGCUGAAAAAUUUCACGCCACUUUGUAGGCCAAUCGGCAGUAAGAACAAGUGGUGACUUACUUACGUUUUCCCGCGCUUGAGCCAACUUUAUGUAGUUGUAUUCAGAUCUGAUUAAUUUAUUCGAUUGUCUGGGCAUAUUGUGAUUGGCCAGGAUUGACGUGAUGUCACUCAAAUUAUGACUUUUCGCAAUGGUUCUUUUGUUCUAGAUCAAAACCGGAGCUCCCUGCAGAUCUGAACGUUUGGCGAAAUACAACCAGCUCAUCAGGUGACUACUUUUUACCAAUAAAAAUAUGUUUAAAAUAAUUACCUAAUUACGGUAGGUAUAGUGUUCGAGUUUCUUCAGAUAUAUUGCUGUGAAGUGUGGCCAUUAAAAUGGAUAUAAGCUACUGGGCAAUACUUUCCUGCGGUGCUGUUAAUCAUUCUAUAACAUGUGCGUUAAGCGUGAGAUCAAGAAAGCUGGUAGUCUGCUACAAAGCCGUUUUUAGUGUCGUCACGCAACGCUCCUAGGAGCAUUGCGUGACGACUCUAAAAACGGCAGUGUAGCAGACUAGAAAGCUGGUUAUUGGCGAAAAUCUUUUUUUCGUUUUCAUGGACGAGACAAAGUCGGGGUCAAUAAAAACUUUAAAAAGAACAGGAACUAGAACUGUUACUCUUAUUGAAGGCAACUAAACUGUACUUGUUACUGUUUGGAAGUAAACGUCUAUUUUGUAUUCUCUUAAUAAAUCGGAUUUUCUGCUAAAAUCUUUUUGUACCAUUUUUUGUUUCGCAGAAUUGAGGAAGAGCUGGGUGCUAGCGCUAAGUUUGCAGGGGAGAAAUUCCGACGCCCAUUGGAGUAAACAGACAGAACUCCAAACAACUAACUCAGCUCCUAAAACCUAUCAGUUCAACGAAGUUAACGGGCCCGACAUAUGGCAAGCAUCUGUUGUUGCAACGGUUCUAGGUUUUAUCACUUCCAGGCAUCUGUUGAUUUAAUUCUGUAGAAUGAAAGGGUGUGAAUAAAUCAUGAAUUUAAAGAAAAA